CUCUCCUCAUCUCCCUUUUUCUUUCCUUAUUUUAGGAUGGUCAGACGUUGCUGUCCACUCACGCUGCUCCAACUCUUAAGCGUUUUUGCACAAACCAGAGCUCUUACUCAGGAUCUUUUGUACCCAUAUGGACCGGCUCAUCGGGAUCUUGAAACUCCGAAGAUGGAUGACGGGAGUUCAGUUGAAAUUCCUUUGCUCAUUCCCUUCAUUUUCUUCAACGCCCCCUACCGUUCCAUCUAUGUCAACAACAACGGCGUGAUCUCCUUCAACGUUCAGGUUAGCCAGUUCACGCCUGAGGCUUUCCCUCUGAGCGACAGCAGGUCUUUCAUUGCUCCGCUAUGGGCAGAUGUGCACAACGGCAUCCGUGGAGAUGUCUACUACAGAGAGACCACCGAUCCCGUACUGCUGGAGAGGGCGACGCAGGAUGUCCGCAGGCACUUCAAAAACAUGCCCAGCUUCACAGCCACCUGGGUCUUUAUGGCAACGUGGCACCAGGUCACCUUCUACGGAGGGAGCCAGACCACGCCGGUGAACACUUUCCAGACGGUACUGAUCUCAGAUGGCGCAGCUUUCUUCAGCAUGUUCAACUACGGGGAAAUUACAUGGAGCACAGGAACGGCCAGCGGGGGAGAUCCUCUGACUGGACUCGGUGGAACGACGGCUCAGGCAGGUUUUAAUGGAGGCGAUAUCGGUCACUUCUUCAACCUACCGGGAUCCCGGUCAAACGAUGUGGUGAACAUCGAACAGACGACCAACGUAAAUAUUCCUGGACGCUGGUUUUUCCGUGUUGACACCGAACUGAUAGAUCCUGCCAACGGCUGCAGCUACAACGGACGGUAUUACAGACGAGGGGAGAUCUUUUGGAUGUCUGACCAGUGCUCCCAGCGCUGCCGAUGUCUUGACAUAAAUAACGAGGUUCAGUGCCUGGAGGCCCCAUGUGGACAGUUUGAGAACUGCGAGCAGCAGGAUGGGGCCUUUUACUGCCAGCCUACGCGCACCAGCACCUGCGUGGUAUUUGGAGACCCUCACUAUCACACCUUUGAUGGCUUCCUCUACCACUUCCAAGGCACCUGCUCCUACCUGCUGGCCCGGCCGUGCUGGGAGAUGGUAGGACUGCCGUUCUUCAGCGUGGAGGCCAAAAACGAAAAUCGCGGCGUUACCACGGUGUCCUGGUUACGAGACGUGACGGUGGAGGUCUACGGCCAUAGAGUGAUGAUACCUAAAAGCAGUUUGGGAAAUGUCCAGGUGGACGGCUUGAUGAAGACAUUGCCAGUCCAACUGGAGCUUGGUGCCGUAAAAGUCUACCAGUCUGGAGUUGCUGUUGCUCUAGAAACAGACUUUGGACUGCUGGUGACCUACGACGGCCAGCACUACGCCUCCAUCUCCUUACCAAGCUCCUACUUCAACAACACCUGUGGCCUUUGCGGAAACUACAACGACGACCCUGCAGACGAUCCCGUGCUUCCGGACGGCUCUCUUGCGGAAAGCGUGGUGGAGUUGGGAGGCAGCUGGCGAGCAGAAGACACCGACUGGAGGUGCACCGAUGGCUGUGCUCAGAACUGCAGCGUUUGCGACCCCGUCACAGAAGCCAUGUACUUUCGCUCGGACUACUGCGGGCUUAUAAACAAAACCGACGGACCCUUUCGAGACUGCAGAGCGGUGGUGGACCCCACGGCAUUUGUAUAUAGCUGUGUGUAUGAUAUGUGCAGCAACAGGGAUAACAUCACCACGCUGUGCUACGCCAUCCAGGCCUACGCUUUAGCAUGUCAGGCCCUUGGAGUCACAAUACGACCCUGGAGAACGCGCACAUUCUGUGCUAUGUCCUGUCCGGAGUUCAGCCAUUAUGAAGUGUGUACCACUGCGUGUCCGGCCUCCUGCUCGGACCUUACCGCGCCCCUGUACUGCGCUCACCCCUGCACAGAGGGCUGCCAGUGCGAACCCGGCUACGUCCUCAGCAGCAACCACUGCGUGCAGCAGGACGACUGCGGCUGCGAACACAACGACCUUUAUUAUCCGCUCAACCACACGUUCUGGGCCGGCCCCGGCGGGGAGGAAGGCGACUGCUCCCUCCGCUGCACAUGCGGGUUUGCCGGGGAAGUCUCCUGUUUCAAUGAGUCCUGCAAGGAGGGCGAGGUGUGUGUGGCCGAGCUGGGCUUGCUGGGCUGUUACCCUCGGAGGGAGGGAGUUUGCUCGGUCACCCAGAACUCGGUGACAUCCAGCUUUGAUGGCACCUUCCUGCUGUUUCCGGAUGACAGCUCCUACUACUUGCUGAAGCUGUGUGGUCCGGUACCGGCUAACGGGUCAGUGGUGGAGGUGAAGAUUGGCAGGCGGCUCGUGAACAAAGGUCCCACUUGGAAGAGACCUGUGAUAGUAACCGUAGCUAACCUGGAGGCACAGAUGGGUGGUACAGAUUUUGAUACAGUAAAGGUGAAUGGCGAAUCGGUUGUUCUGCCGUUCAUCCAUCCAAUGGAGACCAUGAUGAUCUACAGGGCACCAGGAAAUGCGACCGUGGUGGAGUCCAGAGGUCUGCUCCGUGUCCACUACACCCGCCAGGGAUUCCUGAACAUCUCCCUCUCCACCAUCUUCUACAACGUUACCUGUGGCUUAUGCGGCGUCUUCAACAGCAACGCCACGGACGACCUGCGCCUGCCCAACGGGCGCCUGGCUGAAAAUACCGAACAGUUCACAGAGGGAUGGAAAUCCAUUGCAGACGACCUUACAUGCAACGGGGACUGCGACGACCUGUAUCGCAUGUGCACAGACCUUCGCCUUUACCAGAGUCCCUGGAUGUGUGGAAACAUCAACGACCCGGGGAACAGCUCCUUCCUGGCCUGCCACUCGGUGGUCAACCCUUCGCCGUUCUUCAGGAACUGCCUGUACAACAUGUGCAUUAGGGCAGGAAAUCGGUCGGCCCUUUGCUCCUCUCUGCAGGCGUACGCCACAGCCUGCCAGGAUGCCCAAGUGGCCCUCGCCUCCUGGAGGAGUGCGACCAACUGCCCUCUUCCUUGUCCAGAGAACAGCCAUUUUGAGGAAUGCACCACCGCUUGCCCUUUGACCUGCACCAACCUGGAUGAGCCCGAGGAGCCGUGCCCUCUGCCUUGCCAGGAAGGCUGCCAAUGUGAAGAAGGCUUUGCGAUGCGGGACGGCCUGUGCGUGGCCCGGAGCGACUGCGGCUGCAUGUACCACGGCCACCAGGUGUCCACCAACCAGACUUUCUGGACUGACUGGGAAUGCCAGGAGCGCUGCUACUGCAACGGCUCCGACAACAGCGCGUACUGUCAGCUCGCACCCUGCCACCCCGAGGAGUACUGCCAGGAGAACGACGGCCUGUACUUCUGCCAGCCACGCACCGAGGCCCUGUGUGUGGCCGCAGGUUACGGCCAUUUUCAGGCAUUCACCGGCGUGCCGUUUGAGCUUCAGAGCUCCUGUACUCUCAAGAUGGCCACCACCGUUUGUAGGCGCAGAGAGCCGGCGGGGACAAGUGGAGUUUUUCCUCGGUUUAAACUGGCGGUUCGCAAUGAGGAACGAGACACAGGGCAGGCCAUCUGGGUGAGGGGCUUCAUGCUGGAGGUCUACGAAUACGAGGUGGAGGUUUCUCGAAGCUACAAAAACACUGUAACUGUCAACAAGGAGCGCCUGUUCCUUCCCUUGAAGCUGGGCCCGGGGAAGGUCAACAUCACUUCCUUGGGGAUGCUGCUUGUUCUGGAAACGGAUUUCGGCCUGAAGGUGUCGUAUGACUGGAACACGCUCCUCCUUUUGACUUUACCAAGAGACCUCUACAACGCCUCCUGCGGCCUCUGCCAGGGCGUGCCCUUCUCCCCGCCCACGCUGAGCUCCACGGACUGGGCCAUGACCUGGGCGGAGAGGGACACCUUCUGCCAGGUGGGCUGCGGCGACUCCUGUCCACGCUGCGGGCUCGGGGAGAAGAGCAUGCCCAACAGCGCCCCCCUCAUGGUGGGUGACUCCAGCAUGAUUAGCGAUAACGAGGACGAGCCGAACGGAGUCGCCACCGGCAUACGCUUCCACGUCGGGGACGGACUCUACGUGUUCGUGGAGCCGGAGGCCGUCAGGCUGUGUGGGCUGAUUGUGGACCGGGGAGGCGCGUUUGCACGCUGUCACAGCAAGGUGGCGCCGGCGUUCUUUUAUCAGAGCUGCCUGCAGGACACUUGUUUGGAUCAAGGAGCUCUGGAUACAAUCUGUAACUGGCUGCAGAUCUACGCCAGCACCUGCCAAAUCCAGGGUGUGCCUUUAACCGGCUGGAGGAGUGACACGCCAUGUGUCCAGAGCUGUCCUCUGAACAGCCAUUACUCCAGCUGCAUGUCGGUGUGCCCGCCCCAGUGCGCCCCCGCCCGCGGCCAGCGGGACUGCAGCCAGGACUGCGUGGAGGGUUGCCAGUGCGACCUGGGCUACGUGCUCAACGGCAAGAGCUGCAUCCUGUCCCAGAACUGCGGCUGCUACACCGACGGAAAAUACUACGAGCCCAAACAGCUGUUCUGGAACAACGACUGCACCAAGCGCUGCCAGUGCAUCGGGCGGAACCUGAUCCAGUGCGACCCGCGGCGCUGCAAGGCGGAGGAAGAGUGCACUCUGCGAUUCGGGGUCCGGGGCUGCUUCGCGCGGCGCUCUCAGCACUGCGUAGCAUCGGGCGGCGGCGUCUUCAGGACCUUCGACGGGGCGUCGCUGCGUCUCCCGGCCUCCUGCUCCUUCGUCCUGUCCACAAACUGCCGCAAGCUGCCCGACCUCUCCUUCCAGCUCAUCGCUAACUUCGAUAAAUGGAGCACGCCCAACCUCACCACCAUCUCUCAUGUCUACCUCUACAUAAACGAGGAGAACAUACUGAUCUCUGGCAGCACCGUCAAGGUGAACGGGACGCCCGUGUCCGUCCCGUUCCUAACGGGCCUGAUGACGCGUCUGUCCACGUCUGAGGGCUUCAUCGUCAUCGACACGCCGCAGGACAUUCAGGUGCGCUACAACCACUUCAACACCCUCAGCAUCACCAUGGGCCAGCGGCUCCAGAACAAGGUGUGCGGCCUGUGUGGAAACUUCAACGGAGACCCCAACGACGACUACAUCACCUCCAGGGGCAAACCGGCCAUCAGCGCGCUGGAGCUGGCCCAGAGCUGGAAGACCAACGGCAUGCAGAACAGUUGUGACGAGACCCAGUACGUGGCUUUAGCCCAGUCCUGUGACAACACGGCCGUCCUGGCGCUGCAGGGCGAAGAGGCCUGUCAGAAGCUGACCCAGCUGAAGGGCUUCUUCCAGCCGUGCCACGGCCUGCUGGACCCGCAGCCCUUCUACCAGUCCUGCUACCUGGACGGCUGCUACAACCACCGCAAGGCGCAGGUCUGCGGCUCCCUGGCAGCCUACGCCGAGGCCUGCCGCUCCCUAGGAACCCUGACCACCAAGUGGAUCACCCAGGAGAACUGCUCAGAAUGGAUCUAUGACCCGUGCGCCGGAGAAAUCUGCACAAACUUCACCUGCGAGUUGGAGAACGGCGGCGACCUGUGCGGCUGUCCGGAGCUGCCCACCAACCCUGCAGGUGAGGACGACAUCAUCCAAGCGGAGGUGAACUGCAAGCACGCCCAGAUGGAGGUCUCCAUCUCCAAGUGCAAGCUCUUCCAGCUGGGCUUCGAACGCGAAGACGUGAGGAUCAACGACGAGCGCUGCGCCGGCAUCGAGGGCGAGGAUUUCAUCUCCUUCCACAUCAACAACACCAAAGGCCACUGCGGCUCCAUCGUCCAGUCUAACGGCACGCACAUCAUGUACAAGAACACCGUCUGGAUCGAGAGCGUCAACAACACCGGCAACGUCAUCACCAGAGACAAAACCAUCAACGUGGAGUUUUCCUGCGCCUACGAGCUGGACCUGAAGAUCUCCCUGGAGACGGUCCUGAAGCCCAUGCUCAGCGUGAUCAACCUCACCCUGCCGACCCAGGAGGGAAACUUCAUCACCAAGAUGGCGCUGUACAAGAACUCGUCGUACCGCCACCCGUACCGGGAGGGCGAGGUGGUGCUGAGCACGCGGGACAUCCUGUUCGUAGGCGUGUUCGUGGAGGGGGCGGACGUCAACCAGCUCAUCCUCAUCGUGAACAUGUGCUGGGCCACGCCGUCGCGCUACAGCAGCGACAGAUUGCGCUACAUCAUCAUAGAGAGGGGGUGUCCGAACACGAAGGACAACACCAUUGGGAUGGCGGAGAACGGCGUGUCCCUCACCUGCCGCUUCCACGUCACCGUCUUCAAGUUCAUCGGCGACUACGACGAGGUGCACCUGCACUGCGACGUGUCGCUGUGCGACUCGGACACCAACGCCUGCAAAGUGAACUGUCCACACAAGAGGAGGAUGUACUCGGAGGACAGCGAGCACAAGGAGCACAUCCUGUCAGUGGGACCCAUCAGGAGGAGAGAGUCCGACUGGUGUGAGGAAGACAACGGUGGCUGUGAGCAGAUCUGCACCAGUAAGGGAACUGGGCCCAUCUGCAGCUGUGUGACUGGGAUGCUGCAGCCUGAUGGGAAAAGCUGCCGCACUCUGAGCUCGUCCUGUAAGGUCGCCCCUGCUCUGCCUCUGCUGGGUGCCAGCGCCGUAAUCUCCAUCAUCCUCACCCACUUUAACUCCUUCAUCGUCUCCUAACAGCCACAGCAGCCAAACGCCAAACAGGAAAGACUUGAAGACGAGGCGGGAAUUUGAAUUUCUGGGUGCAGAUGUAAAAAUAGCUCUUUGUAGAACGCUGUAAAGCUUCUGUUCUUUAGAUUCAUCAGGAUUUCUAAUUUAAAGUGUGUAGAGGUUGUGUUUUUUUAAAAUGUUUUUUUUUAAGUUUCUGAUUGUUUUCCUUUUUUAUGGAAGUAUUGUGUUAAUAAUAAUCACCACCAGAUGGCGCCAAAGAAGCAAACAUCUUCAAAUCUAAACAGUGGAAUUUGAGGUGGAUUAAAUGUGAAAGUCAGGGAGAGAUAGUGAUUAAAUUAUUAUAAACUACAUUUCUUGGUGAAAUAAAACAUGAUUGGAUAGUUUGACAGUCAGAACUGUAAGAAUAAAAUCUGAAACUGGCCUUUUUAAGUGUUACCUCUGGCAUAACAGCCGCAUCUACAAUAAACACUCAAUGAAUUGAGUCACAGAAUGACAUUUUUGUUGCAAUCUGUUUUUCAUUUGUUCAGAUAGUUUGUGAGGAUUUUCUUGCAGCAUCUCCAAGCUGAAGUUCUGUUGAACUGGGAAAUGUUGACUUCCCAGUCACAAAAAUCAACUGGAGCACCCUCCCAGAUUUCUCACUGGGAAACUAGGAGCUACUCCGACUACCCCCAGCUACGGCUUGUAAGGCUAACUUUACAUUUCAAUAUGGCCGCUCCUAGCAUCAACAGGAGUAAAAUGAUGUGGAAAACUUUUAUUUUCCAGGACACACAUGUCUUGUGUGUCUUUAGUUUAGCUAGCUGCAGUUAAUGCUAGCUAAACUAAACCUGAACUGAUUUAUUUUAGCUAUUUUAGCUGACUACAGUUAGCUAAAUUAACGUAGUUUAGCUAAACUUCUUUAGCUAACUAUGACUACAUUAUCUAAACUACAGUUAUCUAACCCCCUACAGUUUAGCUACAGUUUAGCAUAACUAAACUGUAGCUAGCUAAACAAGUUUAGCUAAUUCCAUCAUCCUUAUAUUAUCACACUCAUAUUUAGUUUAGCUAAGCUAGAAACUACAAUGGCUCUAAUACACCAUCAUACAUUUCUUCUCUCAGUCCAGAAGAAAUUUAGAGCCACUAACGAUACCUGACCUUUACAAAACAAACUUGUCAAAUAAGUGUAUCUAAAAUAGAUUAUCUAAGCUAAUUUAGUUUAGCUAUAUCUAAACUAGUUCAGUGUAGUUCACUCUAAACUGAACUAAACAAAAAAUGCUAUUUGAAAAGUAAAGCUUAAAAUUAUGUACGUAGAGGAACUGCAAACAAUGUGUAUGGGGGCCGCCAUGUUGAAAUUCCGACUCUUUAACUGGAACGCUGUUAACUCUGGUUGGACGUCAAACCCAGCUCCAAGUUACGACUUCAGGGGCAACGGGAAGUCAUGGUUGUUUUGAAGCAUUGUGAUUAGCUGACAGGUUUAUCUUUUGCUACACUGCCCCUAUGGGUUUGGCAUAUUUGCAACAAAACUCAGUGUCAGAUUAAAAAAGGUGUUUAGUAAAACAACCCCUGUAAUCUCUGCUGAUCUUCUGAAACUGGCUAAUCCUCCAAACAAAAGCUUUUAUUUAACAGACAGGCUCUUUGUGUUCAUGUCCCAUUUCUUAGUAGAAUAUUUUAACCACAACCCAGCUGUGACUUAAUAGCAAAAAGGCCAGAAGGUCAAAUCCAGACAACCAGAUUCACCCCAAACAACAACACGGCUCAGAAAAGCUUUAAGAAUUAUUAGGUCCUUAAGUUUGACCUAAAUAGCUAUUUAGGUCAAACUUAAACCCAUUUGUCUGGUCAUUUUUUUCUUUUAUUUUAGAAUAAAGAAAAACACAAAGCCAUUUAAAAAAGAGGAAGGAUUUUUCUUCUGUUUAAAAUAAUAAAGAGGAGCAGAUAGUUUCUAACUUUUAAUGGUGUAAAAUAGAUCUAAAGCAAUAUUACGGAUACUUUUAGUUGAUAGCAGGUUUAAGUGGCAAAACAGGCUGCAAAUAAUGCAAACUCCAAAACGUACCAAGAAAAAACAAAUACGACAGAAAAAUACUGCAAUCGCAGGAAAUGGAAGCAAAAAGGAGAAAUGGCAAAAAUAACAGCAAGUAUAAAACUCUGCAAACUUGUUCAAUAAAGUAGAAGUCAUCCACACCACUAGGGGGCGACAGCACUUAGGAUCAGACCUUCAGGAAAGACGGGAUGUCCAGGCAAAAGCUGGAGGACUAAAGUAAACUUUAUUAAUACAGAGGAAAAUAUGAGCUGCUCACAAACCAUCCAUAAAAAUACAUUUGUAACAUAUUAAAAAAAUGCACAAGCAUAUAUAAAUACUACAACAAAGGCAACAGAAGGAAGAAAUCAAUUUCCCUAAUUUUCACUCUCCCCUAUUUAUGUUAUUACCAGCUCUUUACUCCCCCUAUUGGUCUGGAGUUUGCAGUCAUGUAUACCUGCUGUUUUUUUUGUUUGUUUGUUUUUUUGCUUUUUGCAUAAUUUUUUCUUGUGGUUGCAUCAUUGCGUUUGUGAGUUUUUGGAGUUUGGAUUCAUUCUGUUGAAGAAAUUCAAUCAAAUUAUUCCACAAAAGGCUGAAAAAAUGACUAAAACCUGCCACAUUUACAAAAAAGUAUCCAUAUUUUAAAAUAUGCUGUAUCAUUUUAGGCCAAAGUUGUUGGGAGCCUAAAAAGCUGCAUUAUGUCCAGGAGGAAAUCGUUCUGCGAAAGUUAAUGAGUGAAAUAUUUGUGUGUGAGAAAACCACCUUGUGGAAAUAAUAGGACGUAAGCAUAACCCAGAAUAUGCUUGAGUUUUGCUUCAUGAUGCUGAGUUUUUCCCCUCUCUGAAGACUUUCUCUAGUUUCCCAUGAAGGCCGGUCAUCUGAUACGGAGGGAAAGUAAAGUCCUGCAUUCCUAACAAUGUGUCCGCUUGUCUCCUCCUCACCUUACCAAACUGCAGUGACGGAUGAAAGUUUAAUUCGGCGGCUGAGCCUUCCUGCUGCUUCCUGUGUACAGAUGUACAGUCCUCUUCAUUUAAAACCUGUUUUUUAUUGUUUGAGCAGAAACAGCUUUCCUUCAAUAAAUGUUCUGAAAAUCCA